UUUUUGUAUUUUAGACUAAAGCUUUUUGAUUUUGUUUUAAAAACAAUUGAAAAAAUUAAAAGUUUUGUAUAAAAUCCAAGUAUUUUUGUUAAAAAUUAUUAGUUUUACAUAACGCGUUGUAAACGUUGAUUGGUUUUAAUCUAACAAAAUGGCGUUCGUUUUGAAGUUAUCUCUCGCUAUCCUGUCGUGUGCUUUAUUCGUGCAGGCUGAUGUUUCUCAUUUGGGUUACAGCCGCUAUAGCGGUCAACGUGUUCAACCCUUACGUUUACAGCGUUUGGAGUCUAGUCCCACUCCCUAUCCAGCAGCCGGUUAUCGUCCCAAUCGCGAGUUUAGUUUGCCUCGUGAACAGCCUCUUUUCCCUUUGAGCAAUCAACAAGGCAACAGACCUCAACACAACAGCGGUUUUGAUGUUUUAAGUGAGCCCCAACAAAGACCUCAGAGACCCCAAUUGGUGUAUGGUUCCCCCGAACCUCGUUUCCCCCAACAACCACGUUUCCCUCAACAAAGUAGACCACAAAACUCCAAUGGUUUCAAUAACUUUGCUGAACCUCAACAACCUGAAUUUGUGGAACAAACUCAAUUCUCAGGCGGCAACCAACAACCACAAAAUAAUCAAAACAACUUCAACAACUUUGCUGAACCCCAACAACCCCAAAACAAUAACAAUAACAACAACAAUGGUUUCAACAGUGGCUCCGAUGUUUUGUCUGAACCCCAACAACCUCAACAACGUCCUGAAUUACUCUAUGGAGCUCCUAAUGUUCAAGAACAACAAGAUGUUCAAUCUGGCUCUGAUGUUUUGUCGGAACCCCAACAACGUCCUCAAUACAACUACAAUGCUCCUUCUGCCCGUCUAAGGCAACUUUUGGUAGCUCGCUUGCAACAGGCUGCCCGUUUGGAACAACAACUUCAACAACAAGGCUACAGACCAUCACAAUCUCAAGCUCAAUCUCAACAACAAUUCGCCAACUCUCUGCCAGCUUUAUACUCUGCUCCUCGUCAACAACAAACUCAAGAAGAAAGCCAAGCUCAAGCUGAAUCACAGCAAAAACCUGCUCGUCUAACCGACAACCGUGAGGAAAGAGAAGAAGAAGAUGCCAAGACCUCUGAAACUGUUGUGGACAUUGAAACCACCACCAAAGGUGAUGGCAAGAAAUCUGCCAAUCAAACUGCUGCCACUCCCGCUUUAGCCGCCACUGGUCUCUACUAUCCCGCUGCUGCUUUUAGUUAUGUACAACCUUUCAGUGCCGCCUAUGUUGCCGCUGCCAAUUACCAAACCGUGCAACCUUUCCAAGCUGCCUAUACUGUCGGUUCACCCUUCUUGCCACAACAAUAUGCUUUGGCUAGCGCCGCCGCUCCUGCUCAAUUGCAAGCUUGGUAAUUUAUGCAUAAAAGUUUUCAUAAUUUUAAGAGUUAUUUUUUUCGACCUACACAAACAUUUACUCUCAAACUAUUAUUGGUCCAUUAGCCGGCCCUCACAAUUUCGAAAUUAUUUUUAUUCCAAUCGCGAUCCUCAUCUUCAUUAAAACCUAUUCAUCGUUGUUAUUUAAUAAAAAUUUAAAUAUUAUUUUUGAAAAUUUUUAAAA